CAGUUUUUUAAUCUCCUUUACUGAAUAUUUCUCUCUGCUUUGCCAGAUCCAAGCCAUAGCCUUAUUGAGACAGAGUUUUUACUUUUGACUGCAUGUUUCGGAGCUUUGCUGUAGCCACAGUCACAUGUGUUGGACCCUGACUGUGUGAGAGAUGUGGCUUGGUUGGCAUACUGUUCUUUGUUCUUUUGUAUAGUUGGGGUUUCCCUCUUGCUCUGCUGAUGGAGUUCUCCCAUGGUCUCCAUAUUUGGACUGGAGUAAUCAUAUCCUAUUUUGUGGAAGCUGAUAUGGAAUUAACUAUUAACCAAAUCGAAUGAGAGUUUUCAGACUACAAGAGGCACUGUUCUGCUGAGCUGGAGAUGUGGAGAGGGAACCGACAGGAAACAAUGUCACCAGCAGCACUCAUCAUAACUGCCAUAACUCUGUCUGGCUGCUCUGCCAUCUGCUUGGGUCACCUGUGUGGACCUGCGGAGUAUGAAGUGGACAACGAGUGCUGUCCCAUGUGUGCCCCUGGGUAUCAUGUGCAUACACACUGCACAGAGCACAUCAGCACAUCAUGUGCUCCUUGCCCCUCCUCUACCUACACCGAUGCCCCCAACGGACUCCAGUCAUGUAGAGCCUGCACAGUGUGUGACUCCAGUGCAGCCCUAAGAGUGAAGAGGGUGUGCAGUUCCACCUCAGACACACUGUGUGAGCCUCUGGAAGGACACUACUGCACUGACCCAAUCAAAGAUGGCUGCAGAGGAGCUGUGGAACACACUAUGUGCUCAGCAGGACAAUACAUCAAACAAAAAGGUUCUCCUUCUUCAGAUACCGUGUGUGGUGACUGUGUAGGGGACUCCUACUCAGAGGGCACAUUCACCUCCUGUAGACCACACACACCGUGCAAAUCACUUGGACAGGAUGUGAUCCGAGAGGGAACGGCAUCCUCUGAUGCUGAGUGUGGGAGAAGUCUCAUGAUCAGAAGUGUGACUGUCACAGUGGUGGUGAUUCUGGCAGCAACGACCAUGAUGAUACUCGUCUGCCAAAGGAACAGAGCAGGUGGAGAUAAUAUGACAGAUACCACGGAUGGAACUUUAACCAUGACUAGGAAGGUAGACAGGUCAAGUGUGAUUAUUUCACAUAACUCAAGAGAUACUCCAGAGACUCAGUGUUAGGACUGAAUGGAUGAUCACUCGGGCAUAAUCAUCAUGUUUACAUUUUUAACUGGAGGUUCAUGGGUCUAGGACAUUUGAUCCUGAUUGCUUUGUUUUUUGUAUUUAAUUUUUUUUAUAAAAAAUGUAUUUUCAUCCAUUUUUUAUAAUACUUGUUAAUCUUGUUUUUUUUUAAAAAAAACGUUUUUACUUACAAGACUUUGCAUUUGGUUGUAUUAGUGUAAUGAUGUAAUAAUAAUAAAAAUAACAAAAUAAGUUGUUCAAUUGUUGUAAUGACUCACCAAACAACUGAAUGUGGUGGUACACACAUGCACUGAUCUUAUUAGGACAGAGGCCGCAACCAACACUUCAAAGGGGCUUUCCUGAUCCGAGACAAGAAUUAGGAGAAUAGAGAAGAAGAGAGAAGGCACACGACAUGACGCCUCUGAGUUGAAAUUAGGACAGCUUUUGAGUGGGGUGGUGUGUGUGUGUUUGGGGGUGUGGUUUGUGUGAUAACUGAAGCAGCAGAUGAGCCAGAGAUGUUGACGCUAAAUAUCACAUCCAAAGUUUGACUCUUCACUGUCAAAAACGGCAGAAAAAGGCAGCAAUAAAGAACAUGAUGCAUACCUCAGAUUCGGUGUUGAACUGGACAAUAGUCUACAUAUCCAAUACUUACGCUGCCAAAUGUCAAUACACAUUUCAAUGUAAACUGAAAUCGAUGACAGUUUUUACACAAUAAUGCAUGUGGUCUGUAAUCACAUGUAAUCACUGACAUUCUGUCUGCAUGUUUGUGAGGGCCCUAGUCUGGCAGUGAUGUCUCCGUGUUAUAAAGGCUAUUCUCCAGCUCAGGAGAAUUCACUCUUCAAGGUCCGAGGCCUUUCAGAGACUCUGAGGCAGUUUGCUACAACUUUAAGUUGAACUGAAACUGAACUGAAAACAUCCAUGCAAAAGUGACACAUAUGGUUAGAAGUCCUCAGCAAUAAGAAAAUCAGAGUGAAUGUUAAGACAUUAGUUUUUAUUUAAAUAAAGUGUAGCCUAAACACAACCUUACAAAAUCCUAUUCUCAAAGGUCAAAGCCUCAAACUUUAUUUAAAAAAAAAACACUAGCCUAUAAAUAUAUCUGGCCAAGACUUUUGAAGUCUGCAUGACGUGACGGCGGUCUGCUAACUGCCACAUAGGCC